AUGGCACAGCGGACGGCGGUCCAGGUGGCUGUCUUGGGUGGCGGAGUGGUGGGCUGCGCUGUGGCGCGGCAGUUGGCGAAGAGGGGCAAAGAUGUGAUGCUGCUGGAGCAGAGUGUGGUCGGCAGUGGCGUGAGCGCUGGCAACACGGGCAUCGCGUGUACUAUGCUGGGCGUACCCAAGGACUCCCUGGAGCAUCGCUGUCUGAGCCGGGCCUUGCCGCGGAACGUGCCGACCUACCGAGCCCUCGGGGUGCCCCACCGGGAGACUGGUGCGCUCUACGUCGCUUGGACGGACGAGGAAGCUGAGGCCUUGGAGACCUUGGAGCGCUCCACCGAGGAGGUAGAUUUGCAGCGACUCAGCCCGGAGGAGCUGAAAGACAUGGAGCCCGCAUUGUCACCUUCUUUGGGAGGUGUGUUGGUGCCGGGAGAGGUCACGGUGGACCCAGGCUUGGUGGUUUUAGCCUUCGCAGCUGAAGCACAUAGCUUGGGCGCGCAGAUUCGAGAGCACUGUGAGGUCUCCUUUGCGGGGCGAUAUGGUGAGGCUUGGCUGUUACAGCUUCCAGAUGAAACGCUGCUGGCCGAGCAGGUCGUCAGCUGCACAGGCCUUUCAGCCGCUCUCUGGGAUUUUUCGGAGCUGUGGUUUCAGCCGCGGAGAGGUGACUACCUCCUCUUCCAACGUCCUUCGCCCCACUCACUGGCCCCUCUGGGCCGACCCAUCGGCGCCGUGCCAACGCCCCACGCGCGGGGCGUCUACGUGUGGCCCACCGUGCAUGGCGAUGUGCUUUGUGGACCCACCAACGUUCCGCAGGCAGAUCAGCUCUUGCCCAAGCCCAGUGAUGCGACGUUAGAUGCCUUAAGACGCAAGGCGAUCUCCGUUUGCCCGGCGUUGGCUGGAUGGCCUGUGGCCGGCUCCUAUGCAGGCUUGAGGCCCGCCUUGGCAGACACCUUUGGGACGGACUACCUUCUGAACUCCUCGAAGAACUGGACCUCCAUCUCGGGCGUGCGCAGCACUGGGCUCACAGCCUCUCUGGGGAUUGCGCAAGAAGUGCUGGAAAGGUUGACCAAUGCAGCAGACGGGCGCCUCCCUGAUGAGUCGCCAGAAGGGUCUGCUUUUCGCCUGCCCUCGCUGGAACAACUGGCGGAGACCUAUGCGAGCAGCGGCUGUGUGGAGGCAGCUCAGCGCCGCUGGUAUGUGGCACACCCGCAGACGGCUUUGGGUUUGGCGACCACUGCUCAGACGCCAUGGAUGCCAGGCCAUGUCAGCCGGAGUGGAUCUGCAUGGUGGGCGACGUCCUACGACGCGGGAGCACCGCUGAGAUCCAAAAGAAGCGAGUUGAGCGCACAGUCCUUGCUAAAGAAGCAGAAGACGAAGAUCCUAAUGCAUCAGGUCAUCGAAAAACAGAAGCUGCAGAGGAUCCUCAAAGACAUCAUGACCUUGGAAGCUGAACGAAAGCAGGAGGCGGCGGAGAUCGAUCCGGAAGCGGUGAAGGCCAAGGCGGACGAGAACAUCAAGGCUUUGGACAUCUCCAUGAGCAAGAACAUGACGACGGCAUUGGCCACACGGAUGCAGGUGAUGCGGCACGACGAAGAGAUGCCAGAACUUGGAGACAUUGAAGCAUUGCGAGUCAAGAGCCUACAUGAUGCCUAUGGUGAUGCAGUCGCACUGGUGGGCGAGCAGCGUGACCGGGACGAGUUGAAGGAGUGCUUGGCCAGGCCUUUCUGGUCUCUUCGGCUGCUGACGCUAGCCCUAGGCUUUGCGGCCAUCGCAGCGUCCUUCACUUUGCGCCAGGCACGUGUGACAUCGGUGGAGCGGGUGCGCGACAUCGAGGGUGAAUUCAUGGAAGAGUGGAAGUUCGAGGAAGUGAAGUUGGAUUCCGGCGAUGAAGUCUAUGAUGUCCUGUUCAACCAGACCUUGUUCGAAUGCAUCGAGCCGGUGAAGGCCGACGCCGUCGCACGAGGCCGCUGCUACGACGAGAUCUUUGCCCGUCAGAACAAGUGUCUGGACCUCCGGAAGGAGGAUCCACCGGCGAGUUGCCAUCGGACCGUGCAAUGCUUGAAGGGCAAGAAGGAGGAGAAGGGCUUGAACCCUUGCGACUGGCUUUGCACGGGCAAGGGUGAUCAAGCCUUUGUGAAAGAUGCUUGUUCCAAGUCCCUCUACGACGCCGAGCUUUGGAGCGGGAAAUGCCUGGACAGUGGCUACCACGAGAAGAGCAGGAAGGCCAUGCAAGAGGCCAACCGUUUGUCGCAGCAAUGCAGCGAUGAUGCCAGCUCAGUGCAGAAAGAGGUGGGCUCGAACUUCUUUUGCUGGGCGUUGGUGGUGCCCUGGACCAACGAAGUGGACUUGCUGUUGAUGCAGCAGAGGCUCCAGAAAGGCAUCUUCGAGUGCGAUGCACACGAGAUCUACUCGGACAGGGAGAUGCACAUUGGCACCAUCAAGACCGUGAAGGUUGAUACAGACUUGCAUUGCAAGAUGAACAAGAUGACCUUGACCGUGGAGAACACCCGGAUCUUCCGAGCUGUGUGGCGCAAAGUCUUGGAUCGGAUGGUGUGGAAGAACUACGACUGGACAGUGAAGGCCGACUUGGACUCCGUUUUCGUUCCAACGCGGUUGUUGAAUUAUGUGGAAGGGGACAAGUGGAUUCAGGACCAUGCGCAGACGGGCACCGGGCUUUGGUUGAACAACUGCUGGCGCGGUUUGCACGGGCCGAUCGAAGUCCUGUCCAAACGAGCCAUGCAGAUCUACAGCGAUCGAUGGACGCAGUGCCACGGCACGAAGAUGGCAUACCCGCAAGAGGACGUCUACCUCAUGGAGUGUUUACAACACCUGGGCAUUUGGAAGGCCGAUGUGAAACACCUUUUGGCCGAGGACCACUGUGACCAUCAUGAUUAUUACAAGUGUGAAGGGAACUUCGUCGCCUACCACCCCUUCAAGGAAGAGAAAAAUUGGAUGACAUGCCGGGACAAGCUCUCCAGCAUCGAUUACAACAACGAACUCGCCGCCUGA